UGCAACUUGCAGCCUGUUUACACUUUACAGGCACUCGGCAGUAGGGGAGUUCGGAAUUUGGAAUUCCAUCUGCUGACUGCUGCUAAACUUUUCAGAUUUUCUGUCGUGAUUAUACCAGUAUAAAUGAUAUAGCUUUAACGCUAUUGUUAACAAUUACCUAACAAAACAAAUAAUAUGAUAAACCACUAACACAGGAUUUAAUAUUUCCGGCUAUUAAUUCUUUAUCAUGGCAACAAACAGUAAUAACAGCUCACCUGGACAUUCUCCUUCCUCUACAACUUUAGAAGCAGUUGACUAUGACUUACAGUUUCCAACAUGGUCAAUGGAGUAUUUAAAAAAAGCAGCAAUGCAACAAAGACUAGUGAGACCUCGCAGCCUUGCCUGGGCAAUCAUGCUUAAUGCUAUUCCACCUCCUUCUGGUGAUAUUUUAUUAAGCAUACACGGCCAUAGAAAUUUCUACAAUGACCUUAGAAAUAAACUUUCUAUGGACCCUCGUGCUGUCAUUGGAGAUGAUCCCCUGUCACAGAAUGAUGAGAGUGCAUGGAAGCAGCAUUUUUGCGAUAAUGAACUAAAGGCGUUAAUAUUACAAGAUGUGGUGCGGACAUUUCCUGAUGAAACAUACUUUAGAGAUAAAGAUGUCCAAGACACAAUGGUUCGAGUUUUAUUUUUCUGGUCUCGCGCUCAUCCCAGUCCGGGAUAUAGACAAGGAAUGCACGAAGUUCUAGCACCUUUACUCUUUGAAUUACAUUGUGACAGACAAAAAGCUAAACAGCAUACUUUGAGUGAUACACUGCUGAAUUAUUUAGAAGAAGACUACCUUGAACAUGAUAGCUAUAUGCUAUUCAGUGCUGUAAUGAAAGGUUUAGAGCAAUUCUAUAGCACAGGAGAUAUUAUUCCGACCUCAUGUGGCCGACUACCUCUGUCUAGGUCUCUACAUAAUCAAAACGAAGCGGUAAGAUAUUUGGAACGUGUGCGGGAGGAAUAUUUGACGUCCGCAGACCCGGAGCUCGCGAAACACCUCAUGGAAUGCAAUAUAUCUAUGGAACUUUUUGGCAUUCGCUGGCUUCGGCUCCUAUUCGGCCGAGAGUUUCCUCGUACGGAAAUACCUAAUCUGUGGAGUUUUAUAUUCUCUGAUGGGCCGAUGUUACCCAAUUUGCACCAUAUCGUUGUCGCUAUGCUCAUGUCGAUACGGACUGCUUUACUAGAAUGCGACACGGGUGGUGCGCUGUCUCUACUGAUGCGUCCGUCAAGUGCGUCCGCAGGACACGUUUGUGCUCUGAGCCUCCAUUUGCGAGAUCCCGUGAGAUAUCCCUCACCACCUGCUCAACUCAAUAACAGCUUGAAUAAUGAAAACCCAUAUCUUAGUCACGAUAGUGCAAUAGACGCAGCUAAUUCGGAAUACAGCUACUAUGAAAAGGCGGAAGACGAGGCCGAGACAGACGGAUCUGAGGGUUUGGCCGAAGGCGGAGACGUGGCUCGCUCUCUGGCGGCUUUGGCCCUGCUCAGGGCACGGCUGCCCGCGGCAGUCGCCGCUCUGCAAGCUGCCUUGCCCCGACCGCCCCCGGACGCCAUACCAGCCUUGGAACAGAUCGCUCAACUUUCCGCCUUACUGCAAUGCCGAAACCACGAUUUGAUUGAUGUCGAAACGGCAUUAGAAGCGGCGGAAAACCAGACAUUAUUCUCCGUUGGACGGCGUCAACUCGUCCCUGUGAUGCUGGGAAGGAAUAAACCAAAAGUGAACCAGGUCAAGGUGAACCAAGCUAAAGUGAAUCAAGUGAAAGUGAUAAAUAAAGUGAAAGAAGUGCCAUUACAAGUGUUCCAUCAAGUUGAAUGCGAUUCCACAAGUGAUUUGCCAUUCCAGGACCCCCUACGAUUACGGACAGAGUGACUACGGAGGAAAAUUAUGCUGUUCAGUUACUAUCAUUAAUUAUUCAUAACUUUGAAUAAUUCAUGAUAUUUAUUCAGCAUAAUAAUAUCUUUAUACUUUCCAAUAGACUAAUAAAUAAUUUUUACAACUAUUGUUUACAGCAUAAAUAAUUAAAAUAAGCUUUUAUUCUUAUUUAAGAUAUUUUUUAAUAUGGAUACUAGUUUUUUGUGAACAAAUCCAUUGCAGGAUUUGACAACUUUGUCAAUGACUUGACAAUUGACUAAUCUGUCAAAACCCUAAUCAAACAUGCCUUGUGUGCCAUUGAAAGUGCGAAAAACGAGAAAUAAUACAAACAUUGUAUUACAGUAUGUGUGAUAAUAAGUGUUCAAUAAGGAUAAUUCAAAUGUGAUUUGUGAUUAGUCUUAACUGAAUAAUUUUUUCUAUGUUUAAGGAAUCCUAUAGUGUAAUGGGUUUAGUAAAAAUUAGGUACAUAUAGAUUUUUAUAUUUUCUUUAUCUCAAUCAACAUCUUAUUGAUGUGUACAUUUGGAGUAACAGCUAAAUUCACAGCAGCUAAGCUUUGUCUAUGAUCAUUUUAAUUUUAAGUAAAUAUAAUGAUGAUAUGAAUGCAAUAUUAUUAUUCAAAGUUGUGAUUGGAUUCUGGAUCUCAAAUAUGUAAAAUAUUUACAUAGCUCAGAAAUAGAAAUUAUGUUGUCCUUUAAUAUAUAUAUAAAAUGUUACUGUUUU